AUGCGGAUGCAGCUGCUGAAGAUUGUGGUGAUCCUGCUGAUAGCAGGAUCGGGAGACACCAGGCCGCAGAAUGGCGCGGAUUCGCAGGCGAAGACAAUAGAAAAGAACGACGAGGGAUGGAGAGGCGUCCAAGUCUCGAGCAAGUCGCACGACAUUGUUCGAGACGAUAGCAGGUAUACAGGGACUUCCGGAAGUAAUAGAAAGUCGUAUAUCACACAUUUCCGCGAUAGUGGCGAUUUGUCGCGCGAGCAUAACGCAGUCGGUUCACGCUUGAGCGAUUUCGCUCCGACGGCGCGACCGUUUAGCGUACGUCGUUCCAAGAUCGACGACAUCUGGACGAUGCCUGAAUUUAGAGCGCUAAAUGCUCCCCCACAUUUUUCAAGGACGGAUGUGUCAGGUGAAAUCGCAAAAAUUGCUACCGUUCGAAACUCGGGCGAGUCAGACGGGUCUUUGUUUCGUGCUUCCUCUAGUAAUUCCAAAAUGGCUCAGAACGAAAAUAUAGGUUGGGUGAAAUUUAACUCCUUGAAAGACGAUCGAACGAAUCACUUUGGUAAGGUGAAUAAUAGGAAUUUGGAGAGAUUGAAAUCUGGCGUGAUUUCGAAUAAAAAUCUCGAAUCGGUAGUCGCUCAAACGAAAUACUCAUACUCGGUAGGAAAUGAUUUCUUGGCAAGUCACGCAUCUGGUUCCGAGAGGACAAAUGACGAUAACUCUGUCGCGGUAGAAAAUCGUUGGAAGUUGAAUCCGGUUAGAUUCGAUUCAUUCGCGAAUAGAGGUAUUGAAGGCGACAUGUCGCGUAGGAAGUUAGAGCAAGGUGUAAGCAAAUCUUCUUCUCUGCAAAUAGCGAGGACAAAUGUUUCUCAGGCGGACUUUGCUGCUCGUUCUGUUCCUAAAUAUCAUAAUCCGAGUCGCAAAAAUAUCGACUCGAUUGUGAUUUCGUACAGGAAUUCAAAGCCGAGUGUCGUCACUGAUUCUUCUCGCCGCAUCGACAGCCAGCGCAAUGGUUUGAAUAAUUCAGAAAAAUCGACGCACGACGCGGGGACGGCCUUGAUCCUGAAUUCGAAGACCGAAGUCGUCGAUCGCAAUCGACCCCCUGCGUUGCCGCGUAGGAACGCACCUACGUUUCAUAGAAAUUUUGUUAAGCUCCGAUAUCCGUACUCGACUUCGACUUGGCGGAACGCCAGCAGCGUCGCAUUGGAUACGAGGUUGAAGAAUGGCAACGAUGUUACUGGUUCUACCGGCAUUCAAUUGAGAAAGCCAGCAAAGAGCAACUUCACGCAAACAGCUGCAAAGAAGCCCGUCGGCUUGAACGAUCACGCGACGAAGAAUAGUCAUUCGUCAUUAAACCAGAAGUCAACGAGUCAGGCAGUCGGUGGUGGGAACAAGACGGGAGACAAGUACGACACGCCUGUAAAAUACAACGCGUACUUGAAGAACUGGCCGAACGAGGCACUUCAGGACAUCGAGGAUCUGUACAAUUAUGACAAAUACACCUCGUCCCUGGAGGAAGAGUCGAGUGUUGAGGAUCUUCCGGAUGUCCAUGAAACGCCGAUUUUGUCGUCGAAUAACUAUUUUGAUCAUACUGACCCGGUCCUCGACUCCAGCGUGAAGAAGAUCAUCCACUGGUUGAAGGUACCGGAAAUCGUUCCGAACAAUACGGAAUUUUUCGAUUACAAUGACAACAAGCCGAUAGAGCCGGUCUUCGAAUCGAUCUACGAAAACUUGGAACCCAAUCGUCCGUUGAGCAUCAGCACUCACGACAAUUAUGAGACCGUUGUUCUUCAGGAUACGAAUCAGGGUGAUCUCGAUAAAACGGACUUUCACGCAAAGUAUCCAAUUCGAUGGUCAAACCCGAGUUCUAUCACUCGCCCUCAAUACGUGACGAGCUCUUCGACUCUCCCCGAUUCCUUGAUUCCCUCUUCCUGGCCCGACGCGGCGUCACUGAGGAACAAGACCGUUUUCACUCCUGUGACACACGUGUCGCAGAAUACGGUAGUUCACAUCCUGAACGAUGGCUCGACGAAGCCGAAUGUGACCGUGACGCAAUUGAAAGUGCCGGAAACAGACACGGUAGAUGAAGUAGCUUCUUCAGGGUCUUCCUCAGAGUCCUUGGAACUGGCGCAAAGACCCAACGUUCACAUAAUGUUCACUUCUGAGAAGGAUAAGGACAAGGAGCAUACCAAACAGGAAACCAAUACUAUCCCUUCGUCGACCAACAAGGUGAAAUGUCCGACGAUUAUGAUAAACACUUACACCCGAGUGAACAACACAAUUCAAAGCAAGGAAGGGUGCACCGAUCUGAACAUAAUCGUUAACUCGCACGUUUCGAAUACGAACGUGUUCACGCCAAGUAGUGCGGAGGAUCAGCAGACCUCAUUGGCGACGCAGAGUUACGGUGACGCGGACGAGAACGAGAAAUACGCCGAUGCGUUCACCGAUAUCUCUUAUGAGGAUUCCGUGAACAAUUACGUAACCGUGUCAACCGGAACGUAUAGCUCCAAUCCGCUCGAAACGUCGCAAUCGGGUCAACAUGAUUAUUACGAUUCCCAGAAAGAUCCCACCGAGAUCCCAGAACAAUGGAACGAUCAGUCCUCGGGACUGUCGACCAUCGAGGUGUUCCAGGGUACUCAGAUCAGCGUGUCCGGCACGAGCGUCCCGUUAGCGGAAGUAGACGCGACGGCGAUCCCCGCCGGAUCGUCCGUCGACGGUCCCGCUGUUGGUCCCGGCGAUGACGCGUCGAGUUCCGCGGUCGAUCCACCAGCUGCUGGCGCUUCCGCAAGCGGGCCAUCUGUCGCCGGAGGCUCCGAGUUGCCUCCAUAUUUGAUCAAACCUGGUCCGGUGAAAGGUCAGGCCAGCGGCGGGCUGGGUUCCUUGCAAUUGCCAUCAUUAUCGAAUCUUCCUAGCAUUGCCAUUAAACCCGGUUUACCGAGUAUUACUAAUCCAUCCUUGGCGGCGACUGCAGGCUCUGCAGGAUCGUCGUCCGACGAUGAUGAUGACGAUGAUUUCGAUAUGUUGCCAGGCGGUAUGAUGCAGUCCCUAGCUACAGCUUUCACGUACUUUUCCUUCUUAAACCCGUUGAGCUAUGGCAUCUUCAGCAUCGCCGCGGCGCCGUUCGCCGCGAUGGCGGCCGGCAUGAUCGGCGUAGCCGCGGUCAUCUUCCCGUGGGCACUACCGAGCGUCCUCGACAUCGGGCGUUCCGCCGACAAGACAGUCGGUUUCGCGCCAAAUCUCGAGGAGUUCGUCAGGCGAGCCGUGCACAAGUACGAUCGUCUGAACGAAUGGAAGAGUAGACGUAGGAAGCGCAGAAGAUGCGGGCAACUGAACAACACCCACCGUGAUUUGAAGGAUCUGCAAUAUAUGGAUCAAUCUCUGAGAACCGUCGCUACUCAACUUCUGAACGUUACAAAUCCUCAGGACGUGAUGAAGGUGAAUAACGAAAAUCUCAUCAAGGUCGAACAUAACGUCGCAACUACGCCGAAAUCCUCGGAGAACAACGCUCCUCUGUUGAUAAGGGAUAUCAAUUCCGAGAGCGGCCAUCAGAAUUUGGAGCCUAUAAGCGUGAGCUACGGUAGGCCGAUCAAUUCCAAGUUCAGCUACUUCGAGUCCAGUCAUCCGGGUCAAGCAAUGGCGAUGACGGAAGAGGAGCUUGAACGGGAGAUGAGCACGACGAGAUUGAUUACCGCCUAUAAAAAUCAUCCUACGACCACCGGUGGUAUUUCUACUUGGAUUCUAUUGAAUCCACCGUCCACAACUGUGAAGAGUGUGGAGGUGGAAAAGAUGAAGACGCAGCAGCCGUUCCAAACGGAGGUACGACUUACGGUGAGACCGAGCUCGUCGAUCGAAAAAGCGGAGAAGAUUCCACAGCCUGAAAAGAUCACGGAGAAGAUCACGCCGCAGUUGACUCCCAUUAUAACCACCGAGAAAGUGACCGUGAUCACGAAGAAACCGACUGGAACGACGACGAAGAAGAUCGCGACUACUUUGAGACCGGAGAAAGUUACUCAGGAUUCAGAAAAGACAGAAACCUCGUCGAGCACGACUUUGAAGGUGAUCCGCACCACGACAACGAGCACUUCGACGACGAGCGACGGUACGGCUACGUUGACGACUGUUCUGACGACGAAGAAGAGUCAACCGCCGCGAACUACUUCUAAGCCGAAAGUUACCACGCCGAGACCGACUUCGCAGUCUAAGCCGUCGACGACGAAGCCGAUAACAACGAAGCCGGCGACCACGAAACCGACGAGACCAAAGCCAACGAGGAAAACGACAAUUAAACCUGAAGCGGUGAAGAAUGAGACCUCAUCGACUGGUAAAAUUGAAAAGGUGACUUUCAAACCGGUCCCAAUCAUCACGACCCCGCAGAACAAGCCGGAGAAUACCGAAAAGCCAAUGUUUGUUACGAAGAUAAAAGCGUCGGUGAUCAUGGACACUCAAAAGGCUCCGACCACUUUACUUCCGGCUGUCACUGCGACUACCCCAAGUCCUAGCAUCCUGGUUGAGUCGAAGUUAUCUAGCGCGGAUCUCGUGGAGGUACCGGUGAGAUCGAAGCCGAUCGGUACAAAGAAUAACGUGUUGAAAGCGCAGUUGAAGAAGCCCGUGGACGAGACCACGCAGAUCGAAAUAGAGCCGAUCAAGGUGAACGCGCCGGUCCUGAAGAUCGAGAAGUUUGACAAGAACAAAAUGGAGGAAAUUGUGCUAAAAGAUACGGAUGAUCUUCACAACUCCAAAAUAGAUCUGAAGUUUGACUUUAAUCCGGAAUUGACUAAAAUCAACGUGGAAACGCAAACGGAGACCGAGACGACGUUGACGAGUACGUCGACGUCGAUCCCGACGACGAAGCGGCCUAGACAUAACUCGAAGAGAAAGAAGAACAAGAGAAGGCGCAAGCCUACGACCUCGGUAGCAAGCUCGACGGCAGCAGCGAUGGUGCCUGUCCAAAUGGAGAUCAACGAGAGCAUCACUGACUCUACUAUCACAGAUAACGCGGUCCAGGAAUCGAAGAUCGUGCCCGAUACAAAGAUCGGUGCAAACACGACAAAGAUCAAGAAGAAGCAGCCGCAGAAAGGGAUCAGCAGCCAGAUCUACAACUUCCUCAGUCGCGAAGUGAUGCCCAGCUUCGGCGUCAUGUCGCUGGUAGGUUUGGGUCUUGGUCUUGCCUCGUAUUUCCUGUAUCCCUUCAGUGGUACGAUCACUCGAAGGAACUACGAGGUGGAGCCGAACUACAAGUACAAUAUGGACGAAUACGGCGGUAACUACGGGCAGAGCGAGGAAGAGAUGUUGUCCAAGGUAUUCCAGGGCAUGACGAAUUACGAGAACAAGUAUCCGGCAGGGAAGGACAACUAUUAUCAGUAUCAGCAUUACGACGGCGCGUACGACGCACAAACGACGAAGAAGAUCGACGCGAGGUAUCCGUCGGUGUCGACCUCUCCCGUUUAUAAAGCCCCGGAGAACACCCAAUCGGCGGUGAAGUAUCGGAACACGGACUUCCGAUAUCCCGAGAUACAGACUACUCCGGUUUACUACGAUCGUAAGCGGCCAGAUCUCGCGGCGGAAGUCGACGCAGGCUCGGCGGCGAAUCGGCAAUUCGUAGUCGGCAACGUACCCAAGGAGUAUCCGUACGACGUGAAAGCGGCGAACUUGCCGGUGGACAGCAAGAAGGGGAUCGGUUACAUGUCGACGGAGGUCGGAGAGACACAGUUCGAAGGAGACAUUGCGCAGGGCUUCGAUUUCCCGAACGCUGCCGGCUUGCAUAGCUACGGCCAUCUGGGAGCAUCGACCAUCCGACCGGACGACGGAUACGAGGAGAUCGAGAUAACGCCGACCGCGGUGGCCGUCGAGCAUGGGCCGCGAUCUCUCAAGGUCAAACGCGCCGCCCUUAAAGAGGCCGAGGUCAGCCGAGGGCGACGUUCGAGAUCGAAGAGGGAAUCGGUAAUACAGAUAAUACCAACGAAACGCGAAUUGGAAGAAGAGCGCGAGGAGGCAGAAAAGGAGGAGGAUCUCAGCAACGAGAUUCUAGAUAUCAUCGAUUCAGCUCUGCCGGGUGGUGGGGUGACGCACAAGACGAGGGCCAGCGGUGAGAACAACGAAGUGGAGGAUCUCGAGGGGCAGAGGAGGAAACAGCAGGAGGAAGCGAAUACGCGCGUAAAGGAGUCCACCACGAAAACCAUCUUAGGACACAUGGAAGAAACGACGGAGAUUCCCGCGACCUCCACGACCGUUGGAAAAACGGAUGACGGUGGUACCAGCGUUUCUUCGGAGAAUGCCUCCGAGAAGGCUGCCACGACGCAUCCCGCGAACUCCGAAGAAACGAUCGUCGAGUGGUUCGACAGCUCGACCACGAAGAAGCCGCCCUCUUCAGAGGGCUUCAGCCUCAUAAAUUUCGUGAAGAAGGUGGCCGAGAUCAAGUUCAGGCUGGGUCUGACGAUCCUUAAACACGCCAGCGAGGGUUUCGCGCGAUAUCUGGGUCACGUGCAGAAGAGGAUCAACGGCGAAGAAUGAGGGGGGGAGGGGAAAACUCGGAGGGGCAGCGAUGGAAGUUUUCGCGCCGUGUGAUACGCGUUUUCCAAUUUCACGGCGCAAUACGGUGGACAGGCGGUGGAUAACGGCGACGGAUACGACGGCGACCGUGGUCCUGGUAACGGUAGUCGGGGAACGCGAAGAAGCGGUCUUCCCCCGGACUUCUUCGCGGCCGAUUCGAGACGCGAUUUCACGGGCAAUCAUUUUUUGUCUAUCCGUAAACGAUGCGAUGCGAUACCAUACGAUAGGCGAUCAUCCUUUCACUUAGAAAGCUAAAACGACGAAGGGGAACACGGACUACUGUUACGAUCACUGAGCGCGCGGCGUCUUGCUCUUCAAGGUAUCGCAAGCGGGGAACGCAUCUUCUUUCAAGAUCGUUAUCGAUACUCGACGCGCGAGGGGUCGACGACGAUGCCCUCGACAUGUUCCGACAUGUUCGUUUCAAAAAAACUUGGACCGGUUAAUACGAGUCCUUAACUUUAGUCUUCGGGUCCUCGUGCACAAAGAGCAUUUCGACACGCAAUAUAUAAUACGAUAUGAUAAAAGAUGCAUUCCAAGGAUACUUUAUCGAAACCAAGACGAUCGAGAUAGCCGCGGGAUUGGUGAGGGGUUUUGAGAGACUUGUACCUCCCUCUCUCUCUCUCUCUUCCACACACAGGAUCGAUUGGAUCUUUAUUGAAAGUCGCUUUUUAAUCUCUCUACAAUUGUUUGGCAUGUGCACGCUGCUCUCUUACCCUCUCGCUGGAGGGCGAGCGAAGACAUAUGGUGGAGCCGAUUAUUGGGCAGCUUAUACUGUAAAGUAUAACUAUAUAACUAAAUAAAUAAAACGAAUUGAACGAAUAAAUAAAUAAAUAGAUAAGUAUGCAAACUCUCUAUGUAAUACCCUGAUAUGUAAAUAAAUAUUGGAGAAUGUGAA